AUGGUGUCAGCCUAUACUGUGAAUGAUACAACCACACUACAUAAUGAUAAACUAUCUAACUACGACAAGAGGCAAAGGCCACAGUCGCAGACAAACCUCAUGUUGGAAUUUGGACUAAUGCACAUAACAGAGCUGGAUUGGCAUGAUGAGCAACUGCAAUGGAAUGCUUCGGACUACGGAAAUAUGACUGACUCUAUGUUUAUGUUGUCACAGAUAUGGAUUCCACCACUUGUAUUGAGUAAUGCAGCUGACGAAUUUAAGAUAAUUGGGGACAAUUCUGAUUUUGCGAGUUCCCCUGUUUCUUCAUGGAUGUUUCUUGAACACAUGAUAGAUCUGGGCUCCAGCACAUCGACAGUUAACCUUGACAUCUAUAAGGAACACGGUGAAUGGGAUAUCAUUGGAACAUCAUUGAGUGGAUAUAAGCUGCCAGCAGUAGAGUUCACUCUUGAACUGAAGAGAAAGUAUUCAUACUAUCUUUUGAACAUGCUCCUGCCAGUUAUCAUUCUUGCUACGAUGGCACCAUUUGUGUUUAUAUUGCCUGUUGAGAGCGGCGAAAAGAUUGGCUUUGCUCUGACAAUUUUAUUGUCAUUGUCAGUCGUUAUGACAAUUGUGUCUGACAAUAUUCCACCGACAUCGACCCAUAUCUGUGUUCUAAGUAUGAUUCUAUCCAAGUUUUGA